AUGGAAGCGAAUAUCGAAGAUCGGCCCAUCUCGAAUGGUCUCGACUGGGAUAAGCUGUUCAAAAUGGCUGAAGACCCAGAUCUUGAAGAUCUUGAUCGUGGGCCUAUAGAAACGGCAAUCGCUCAUUUAGAAGGUAAAGAGGUGCACAAGUUAUCCGCGAUCCGUAAUCUUGGAGAUUUAUUUCAAAGUGAAGGAGAGGACGCAAUCCAACGAGUUUUGCCAGCUGUUCAGAGGGCACUAUCAGAGGAACGGUCCAAUUUAGACUUACACUGUGAAGCGGCAAUCGUAUUCAAAGGAAUUAUACAAAAUGACAAGCUCUUGAGCGCUGCUGCAUGGCUUGAGACGUUGGUAGACGUAGCGGAGAGGGUGUCGUUGGAAUCCGUGAAGCAAUGUAUAGUGCCUGUUGUCCAACAACAAGCUGAACCCGCUCAGCGUGUACAGCGACGUAUCAUCGCUACGAAGUUGCUGCAAAAACUAGCCGACAUACUGCCAGCCAACGAGGUUCGGAAGGAGCUUGGACCUUGUGCCCAGAUUCUCUGCCAAGAUGCCAAUGCAAAUGUUCGUACUUCAAUGGCACAACGAUUACCGGUCAUCGCUAAAGCGCUCAAAAACUCCAGCGACGUGGUAUCAUUACUGCUGCCAUGCUUCGUUCAGUUAUACAAGGAUGACGACGUCACCGUCAAGGAGGCUUGCAUGAAUAACAUUGCUCAGUGUAUACCGCACUUCACAAACGAGGCAAAAAAGAAUACGGUAUUCCCAUUGAUCAAGAAGUCAACUGAACAGAGUUUGGAGCAGAAGGACGAGACACUGAUGGUAAUUGCGAAAAAUUUCGGAGAAUGGUGCUAUACAUUGCGUGACGUGCUGGACAAGCUAGACCUAUGUUGGGUGCUGAACACGUACUGUAAGAUAGGCCAAGCGGCUAUGGUCAAGGAAGAGAAUGCCACACAAAAGCUAAUGUUGACGAUGUGCCGACGUAUGACCGGAUUUAAUUUGCCGGUAAGUUUCUCUGGGGAGCUUUUCUUCCUACAAAAACAUAUGUUUCUUUCAGAUGACGAAGUACGGUUAUCACUGGCAUCUUCUUAUCAUGAAAUUCUUAUGCAGCACGAUGCAAAGUCAGAACUUCUGCAACCGUUUAUCGAAUUGAUACGUGGGGGGUCGCCAGAAGUUGUAGCAAAGCUGACUCUUAAUAUGGACAAAAUACUACCGAUAUUGUACGGCUUUACUACUAUCCAGUUGGACAGAAUUCUUAUUGGCUGCAAUCAGUUAUUACGUGGAACUGGCGCAUGGAGAAGUCAUGCAGCUCUUCUGGAAAACAUCAGUGUACUGAAGACGUGUCUACCAUACACACAACUAGCUGACACCUUUAUUCCGGUCUUGCAGAAGGAAGUUCUACAAGCUAGGGCUAUCCCAUGCCGAGUGGCGGCUGUCAAUACAUUGCUGCAAUUUAUGCGGGAGCAACCGGAUCUGAAAAAGCGUGAAGAGAUUAUUGACUUUUUCAAGAUAGAAGUAGCUGGACACCAAUGCUGUUAUCGUCGAAUGCUGUAUUUGGACGUAGUCGAGUGUGUAUUGAAGAUAUUUAGCAGAAAGUUCUUCAUAAAAUAUUUCCUAGAAAAAAUGCUAUCACUCAUUCAGGAUAAAGUUUCGAAUAUAAGGCUCCGGACGAUAAGGAUGCUACCACUUGUGAAGAAGUAUCUAAUACUGCCAGAUGACGAGGAGGUACUGUUGUCACUGGAAAAAGCUGUUCGGGAGGUGCUCACCACUGAGAAACAAGGCAGUACACGACAAUUGCUACAAGCGGCGUGUGAGCUUUCACGAACAGAGGCUAGGGCGAAGAGUGACAAGGAAGAUGCAGCUCGUGAGAAGGAAGAGGAACGUCUUUGGAGUCAGGACAGGGAUUCCCCCAGUCGAGCGAAAACUGAUUUGAUAAGGUGCUCACUCAGACACUUUUGCAGGUCGUCGGAAUCCCGCAACACUUCCCCAUGGAGAACACAACGGCGUGCUGUUGCUGUGGUUCGACCGCAGCCAGUAGUAGUUAUGAGGUCAGUUUUCGAGUCUCGACCCUGUUGUGGGAAACAUGGAUGUAUUUAUAUCGAUAAUGAUUUUCAUCAAUUCAGGUCGUCAUCCAACUUACGUCGUCCAUCUUAUAGUCUGUCACGCGUUUCCAGUCAAAGCACUUUGGAAAGGAAGCCGGGGCAUUUGUCGAUGAAAGUUCGAACCGCUGACUCCUAG